AUGGCCCGGAUGGAGUUGUCCGUGAUUCUCGUGUUUCUCGUGGCGGCUUCCAACGGCCUCACCUGGCCGCCAACGGAGCACCCCCCGACUUCCUGGAUCCCCUUGGAGCCUCCCAGUCGCAGUCCGCCAGAUGAUACCUGCUUCACGGCUUUCGUCGAUAACCUUUUAGACUGCCUGGACUACCUGGAUCCUCAGAGCAGCAAGACGAAGCCCACCAAGGGGUGCUGCAGAGGUGUCAAGAAGUACGUGAAAGACGAACCCACAUGCGUCUGCUUUCUCCUCAACACCAGUUCGGAGAACUUUCCGGUCCCUAUCAACCGGAGGAAGGCUCUCAAGCUCCUCCGUGUCUGCAAGGCCAAGAUCCCCCGGUCGAUCGGUGCAAACGUGAGUUCCUUUUUUUCCCCUCUGAACUCCGCCUUGCUCUUUUCUUCGUUUUGCAACUUCCACAUCAUGCUCCGUGAACUAGCUUAUCCAAAACUUUUCAUCGAUGUUUAUAAUAUCUGUUUUUCCAGAAGGUCCUCCCCCAGCCCCGAGACAGGUCUGACCGCCAUCCGCCAUCUCGCCCCCACGCGGCAAGGAGAUCUUCCGAUCAUCACGUAUGAGUCUUUGUCGAGACAAUCGAUACGAAUAAACAUCUGGGUGUUUCGGGCUUGGGCCUUCAAAGCAAAGCUGUGUCAAAAAAAUUUCUCAUGGCAGUGUCCAGUCUGCUCCUGAUAAACAGUGGUCCAAUCUUCAAACCCAAUAACGUCACUUACGUCUCUCUCUCUCUCUCUCUCUCUCUCUCUCUCUCUCUCUCUCUCUCUCUCUCUCUCUUUCUCUCUCGCUUGCUCCUCUCUCUUUUUAGUUCGUAA